AUGUCUCAUUUACCUUUCUUUCAUCGAGGAAGUUCUGAAACAACAUUUAUUUUGAAUGAAAGAGUUUAUGAUAAAAAUAGUGAUUCAAGUUCAAAGAAAUUACCCAAACUUCACAAAAAAUACAGCGGGGAUGACAAUUUAAUGGAUCUGAGACAGUUUGAUGACGCAGAUAAAGAACUAUAUAAAACGUCUGGAAAAGGUGAUCAAGUAUCCACUGAAGAUAAGGAUGUAAAAUCUGCAAAGGACGUCAUAGUUGUAAUGAAAGAUGAAUCAGUUGAUAGAAUGAUUGAGAAGUUAAAGAAGGCAAACAACAAUUCGUUCUUUCCCAGUUAUUUUUGGAACAGCAGUCUGCAUGAUCUAACAAGAAGGUUAGGUGCUACUGCCAAACAUAAAGCAAGGACUCUACCCGGAUAUGCUCAAAUUAAACGUUCUAGUGGUAUGCCAGCAUGGAAGUUAUUUCACAGAAAUAUUCGUCAGUUUUCUUUGUACGACCCAGAUGAUCCAAACUUGUAUGGAAUGCUUAUAGACAUGGCAACACUACCAAUGAUAGAAGCAGAGGAAAGUGAUGGCGGCACUAUGCUUAAACUCAUUGUUAGAUUUAAAAAUGAGGGAAGAGCGCUUGUUAAGUUCAUGAGAUACCCAAGAGAAGUUGAUUCUGAUGAGAAUAUAGAUAUUAAUGAUGAGAUAGAAAGGCAUGUAGCGAAAAUAGCUGCGUUUCAACUUGACAAGGUAAAUGGUGUUAGGUACGAAGAGCUAACCACUCCGAGACUUGAUCUGGUGGUAAAUCGUCGUGUUGUUGGAAACACGGGUGCUCAAUAUGUUGAACAGGGGAACCCAGUCCUUCAGAGGUUUGGACAAGAGCAAGCUAACCAGCAAAAUGACGCGGAGAGGAAGGAACCGGUCCAGAAUGCUAGGAAUAAGCAGAACGAGACCAAUCUAUUUAUAACCGAUAUAUAUUUAUGUUUUGUUUUAGAACACUUGGGUUUUAUCGAGUACCCCCAACGAUUGGAAGACGGCGCACACCACAAGGCAUAUUGGGAGACACAUGACGAUCUAUGUGAUUCUAUACGAAACGAAUCACCAUACAACAAUGGCAAACUUUUUUUGGAUAUUAUAGAUGCACAUACAUUUGACUUUUUAUCAGGUAACCAGGACAGACAUGGUUUUACGACGUUCAAAGAUUUUGGCCACUACACAUUUCCAAUUCUGUACGACAAUGGAUGUGGAUUCGGGCGACAGACGUAUGACGCCAUGUCCAUUUUAGCGCCUUUACGUCAAUGUUGUUUGAUACGGAAGUCGACAUUGCUGAAAUACGUUAAAUUAUACGUUGGUACUGGAAGACUUAGUGUUCUAAUGGAAAAAGCUUUAGAGUCGGAUCCUAUAGCGCCAGUGUUAAUUAAACCACACUUGAAUGCUUUAGACAGGCGGCUGUUGAAAAUGUUACAGGCAGUUGCUGAGUGUAUACAAAAGCACCUAGUGAAUGAAGUAGUGGUGUCUGACAGAUUCUGA